AUGGGUGUCCUCGCUCACGUCGCUGGCCCACUGGGCGACUUUACGUCCAACUCGUCCAAGCCCGUCGUCGUCGCCGCCGGUUUCGCCUCCUUUAUCCUGCUGGCCGUGGUCCUCAAUGUCUUGAAGCAGCUACUGUUCAAGAAGCCUAACGAGCCGCCUAUGGUCUUUCACUGGUUUCCCAUCAUCGGAAAUACCGUUACCUAUGGCAUGGAACCGUAUGAGUUCUUCUUCAAGAACCAGAAGAAGUACGGCAACGUCUUCACCUUCAUUCUCCUCGGUCGCAAGAUGACUGUGUGCCUGGACACCACGGGAAACAACUUCAUCUUGAACGGAAAGCUCAAGGAUGUCAAUGCCGAGGAAAUCUACGCCCCGCUCACAACACCUGUUUUUGGCAAGGACGUCGUCUACGACUGCCCCAACUCGAAGCUCAUGGAGCAGAAGAAGUUCGUCAAGUUUGGUCUCACACAAGAAGCCCUCCGCUCCUACGUGACCCUCAUUACACGCGAAGUCGACGACUUCUUCAAGCGCCACAAGACUUUCAAGGGACAAAAGGGAAUUUUUGACGUGCCCCAGAUUAUGGCUGAGCUCACCAUCUAUACCGCGUCCCGCUCUCUCCAGGGCGAGGAAAUCCGCAACUCUUUCGACGCGGAAGUCGCCCAACUAUACCACGAUCUAGACAUGGGUUUCUCCCCCAUUAAUUUCAUGCUGUCAUGGGCCCCACUUCCGCAUAACCGCGCACGCGACAACGCGCGAGAGAAGAUGAUCAAACUAUACUCUGAUAUUGUUCGUAAGAGGAGAGCAGGUGCAGCGAGGAAAGACGGCGAGCACGACAUGAUCUGGCAUUUGAUGGAUUGCAAAUACAAGGAUGGCACGCCAGUUCCCGAGCACGAGAUCGCUGGUAUCAUGAUUGCACUACUCAUGGCUGGCCAGCACUCGUCGUCCUCUACUAUCUCCUGGAUCUUGCUCCGUCUGGCCCAGAACUCGCACCUCGUCGAAGAGCUUUAUGCAGAGCAGAAGGCUGUCCUAGGCGAAGACCUUCCAGCCCUCACUUACGAAGAUCUCCAGAGGCUGCCCCUCCACGCCCAGACCGUCAAGGAGACACUCCGUCUCCACGCUCCUAUUCACUCCAUCAUGCGCAAAGUCAAGAACACCCUCGUCAUAGAUGGAACCAACUACGUUGUGAAUCCCUCUCAUACUUUGAUGUCCUCGCCCGGCUUCUCUGCUCAACUAGACACGUAUUUCGCCAACCCCGCCCACUGGGACCCGCACCGCUGGGACGCAGGCCAACAUAAUUACGAAGAGGCCGAGGAGAAAGACGAGGACAAAAUCGACUACGGCUGGGGUGUCGUAUCAAAGGGCACAAAGAGUCCGUAUUUGCCCUUCGGUGCGGGGAGGCAUAGGUGUAUUGGUGAGCAGUUCGCGUAUUUGCAUCUGCAAACGAUUCUCGUGGCUUUUGUCAGGGAGUUUAAGAUGCAGAAUGUUGGCGGGAGCAAAAAUAUUGCCGGUACUGAUUUUUCGAGUUUGUUCUCGAGACCGUUAGCCAAGUCUUUUGUUGAGUGGGAAAGGAGAGAGAAGCAACUAUAG